AUGAGAUUACUAUAUGGGAUCCGUGCCCACCAUGACAAAAUUUGGAGCGUAAGCUCACAUCAGAAGCUACCCUUGCUUGCUACUGGGUCUAGCGACAAAACAUCUGCAAUUUUCCGGCUUUCUGAGACAGAAAAGUUCCCCAGAGUCACCACUCUCGACGAUACUCAUACAAGAUCGAUUCGUUCAGUAAUGUUCAAACCUCCGAUAGACGAUACGGUGGUGGACGAGAACGAACUAUUGGACCCUCCGACUCUCGCUAUGGGCUCAUUUGAUGCCAAACUUUCCGUUUGGCAAGCAGAAUUGCCCCAAGAUAACGAUGAAGAUAUGGACCAAGAACCUCGAGAGAUAUGGAAACAAGAGCGGAAAGUCGUCGAAAGGGCUGCACAAUGGGAACUAAUGGCAGUUAUAGAGGGACAUGAACACGAAGUUAAGGCUGUAGCAUGGAAUUGUCAUGGAUCGUUGGUGGCAUCUUGUUCUCGUGAUAAAACAAUUUGGAUAUGGGAAACUGAUCCUGAUACUUUGGAAGAAUUUGAGUGUAUUUCCGUACUCACAGAACACCAGCAGGAUGUCAAGCAUGUCAUAUGGCACCCAACCCAAAAUCUACUCGCCAGUUCGUCAUACGACGACACCAUCUGUAUAUAUAGACAAGAGUAUGAUGACGACGAUUGGGGAUGUGCAGCUGUACUCAAUGGCCACCAAGGAACAGUUUGGUGCUCUGCGUUUGAACAUCCAAAAAGCCCUUCGGCUUCUGAAACUACUGUGAGAUUGGUUUCUGCUUCUGAUGAUUUAACUGUGAGAAUAUGGUCCACUUCAAAAGAAGGUUCUGAAACAAAUCAUGAUGCCCUUCCCAGCUCUAUAAAGCUGUCUAAUGAGAUGCAAUGGGACCAGGAGUGUAUCUUGCCUUCGGCACACACUUAUCCAGUGUAUAGUGUGGUUUGGUCGUCGGUUUCUGGUCGCAUUGCCAGUGCCGGGGCCGAUGGAAAAAUUGCCGUUUAUAAGCAGACAGACGGAGUUUGGGAGAUCGAAGGAGUCACCAGUGCAGCGCACGGAGUCCAUGAAAUCAACACAUUGGCAUGGAGCAAACUUGACGACAAUAGAGAGGUGCUUGUGAGUGGAGGUGACGAUGGCUACGUUAAUGUUUGGGAGUAA